GGUUUAUUCCACUCACUUUCGGUACCACGUCUGCUGUGCGCUGGUGAUUUGCAGAAAUCAACAAGGGGAUCGACCAUUUCUCACUGUACGGGUUCGGUUCUGCUGUCGCGGCUUCUGUUCGUCGCUCCCAACCAAAAUGAACGUGGGCGUGGCACACAGCGAGGUGAAUCCGAACACUCGGGUCAUGAACAGCCGAGGGAUCUGGCUCACCUACGCGCUCGGAGUUGGGACCCUUCACAUUGUGCUCUUGAGCAUCCCCUUCUUCAGUGUUCCCGUGGUGUGGACACUAACAAACGUCAUACACAAUUUAGGAAUGUAUGUUUUCAUGCACGCGGUCAAAGGAACUCCGUUUGAGACCCCAGAUCAGGGAAAGGCCCGACUGCUGACUCACUGGGAACAGCUCGACUAUGGCGUGCAGUUCACAUCAUCCAGGAAGUUCUUUACAAUUUCCCCAAUAAUUCUAUACUUCCUGGCGAGCUUCUACACCAAGUACGACACAACGCACUUCUUCAUUAAUACUGCUUCACUACUGAGCGUGCUGAUCCCAAAAUUGCCACAGCUACACGGCGUGAGGAUUUUUGGCAUCAACAAGUAUUAGUGUCAGCGACAAAUACGCAUCAGAGCCAGGCCUGCAGAUCCUUGUGAAGCCGGUUCUGCCAACGUGUGUGCUCUCAUAUAUGCCGUCGAUGAUUCAGGUUUGAUGUGAAACGUGCGGAAAGAGUCAACUUUGUAGUCUGCAGGAUGCCAUACGUGUGUAAACUUCUGUAAAUAUUUGAUGAUGUGUUUGUGGCCUGUCUGGACCCGGGCUGGCCCAGGUGUCAGGGAGGAGGUUCUUUGAUUUCACUUUAACUACACUAAUGAUCUGUUCCCAUGGCAAUGUAUUUUUCAAAGAUGUUUACUUAUAGUGCGGGAGAUUGCACUGUGAUUUGUAAACAACUCAAUAAUUCUUUAGACCCCACUGGUGUUCGUCAUGCUGCCUCUUUUCGUUUUCCUUAAAAUAGUCUUCUGUAGGUUUAAAGAACAGACAUUGUUGAUUGAGUCGCCUCCAUGAUGUAGCUGCUCUUACGGUUUAGUCUGACUUGUCGUCCGCUGACAUUGUUUGUCCACUUCCCCCCUUGAUCUUAUUAAAUUGUU